CAUUAGUCUCUUAUCGCUUGGCGUAUAUUCGUUUCCAGUCUGCGAAAAACAUUGUUGAUUUCGGAGUGCAUUUAUAUACUAUUUAUAAAGGAACUAUCAUUUUUGUCCAGUUUGUUUGAUUUAGUUCUGUAAAGUUGAACAGUGUAUCGAAACAGGACCAACAGAAGGAUAUCAAAAUGAGGAAUGAGGCAGACAUAGGCAAACAUUACGAAAGGCAGAUAUUAGCUUUACUAUCACUGAAAUGUCUACUAGAUGAAAGUAUCGAAGACUUUUGGAUAAAAUUUAAUCCGGCAGACGUAGUUAAAUUCGACGAUAUCGUUCUCCAUGUCGAAUAUAAAAACGGACAAAAGGAAUUGUUUCUUGUACAGUUAAAACAUAGAAAAGGCCCAACUGCACCUAUGAUAGCUAAAAUGUUUCAAUCUAAGAAAAAUGAUUCCAAUGUCGAAUGUCUGCAAGAGGCCUUCAAAAACAUCACGGAAGGAAAAAAAUUCUUCAUUAAUAACGGUAUUUCCGAAGACACAAAAAAAUUUUUUGUCCUGUAUAAUAAUGCGGAAGUACACAUGGGAAGUACAGAAGACAGUGAUAUAGAAAGCGUUGUGAAUGAACAAAACACUAUUAUGGAGAGUACAAAACAGCGGAGCACCAUAACCAAACUACGUUUUGAACCUAUGGAUAAAACGGAUUUCAGAUCUUUCCUAAGCAGUAGAACAUUUGCCGAGUCGACUGGAUAUAAACUCAAAAGCAAGAAACAAUUUCAUGACUACAACCAGAAUUUCUUGGACAAUUUCUAUUUCUAUCCCGAUCAAUUGAAUUUGGAAGAAGUCACACCAGAAAUUGAGCGGUUAAUAGGAUUGAAACAUGUAGCAGAUCAUUUAAUCCAUUAUUUUGAUGAGUUCACAAAGCCAACGAAUGAAAAAGAGAAAAUUGUUAAGUUAGACGUAAAGGUUCAAGUAUUGUCAAGUAUUUUUGGAAAUUUUCAACCUCCUGCGGAAGAAGAAUCGUGUUCUACACUAUUGAAUAUUGCUAAAAAAUUUGACGUUACCUUAAUCAGCGACGAACAAUCUGAAAACGCAGUAUGGGCGGAGAUUAUAACAGAAAUGAGGAAAAAUUACAGCGAAAAUGAUUUGGAGAUAUCUAACUGGCAACAUCGUCUGCCAGAAAAUUUGCAAGAACAAUUUCCCCACACUCGAAUAAAAGAUCUAUAUUUUCAAAUGGUGGCAACGAAGAAGAUACCCUUAUAUAUUAAAACAGAUAAUUUAUCGCUAACGGUUUUCCUAGAGUCGACGUUUUCUAAAAUGGAUGUUAAUAUGGUGAUAUUCAACGUGAAAAAAGAGAAGUUGCAAUUCACAAAUCUGAAAAUAUUUGAAACAAUGGGUGAUAUCGACAAGGAUCUCUUCGAUAGUUUUAUGAAGAAUACGUAUAUUUCAUUCAAAGGAAAACAAAAAAUGAAACUACUUUCCAUAGUUGAAUUUGAUGAUUCUAUGAAAGAGAAAAUAACUGUGGAUCUUUUCAUCAAACUACUAGGGAAGCCUUUGAAAAUAGGUGAUGAGGAGAAAUCAGAAUCGAUAUACAUCAACAGAACUCUUAGGAUACAAAUGAUUGAAGAGGGUAUUUUAGAAGAAAAUAGAAAAAUUAUUUUCAUUAUUUGUAAUUUUCCGCCAAAUGAAAAAUUCCGAAAAUUAGUUUUUAAUGGAACCGAAGGUAUUUUCCAAACAUACUACAAUAUCUCGAAUGUUGAUCCUUAUUUCGGGCUGAUAGAAGAAUUCUGUAAUGUUUAUACGAUAGAUAAGUCUUAUGGCUCAGAAUCAAUAGAUGAUAUCUCUAAAUUAACAAUUUCGAAACCUUUCUGUAUCCUUCAGUAUGUAGGCAAAGAUGAAGAUGGGUGUAAGUUCAUCCUUAGAAAGACGAUUGGACAAUGGGAUGUCCUGAAACGUCAUAUUAGUGAAGCAACAAAAAAAGAUUCAGAGUUGACAAAGUUUUUUGAAAAAACUGAGGUGAACUUCAUCUGCAACAAAGGUGGCAUGGGAAAAUCGAUGUUACUGAAACAUCUCCUCAAAAUGUUUCCACCUAACAAAUGGGUAAUUCAUGUAGAACUUGGGAAACAUAGAUCUGCUUUUGACAAGAUUGAUAAUUUUGAAGAUUUUAUGACAUAUUUCUACGAGAGCGGGUUAGCUGGAUCUGAUAAGAAUUUUCCCGAUAUAUCUCGACAACUCUAUCAAUAUUGCACAAAGAAUGAAAAAAUUGUACUUCUUUUAGAUGAUUGUGAUGAAGUAGUAGAUAAGAAAUUACUACUUUUUCUUAAAGAAGCUUUAAACAUGGGAGUGAAGCUCUGGAUUGUGGCCAGACCUGGUUUGCGGGAAGAGUUCGAACAUUUCUUUGAAACUUUCUCUAUGGAGCUCACUGCCUUCACAGGAAAAGACCAAAUGCGGUUUUUCAGAAAUUUUUUUCGUGAAAGGUCAAAGAGUAAACAGGAGCUUCAGCGUAAGCUCAGGUCCAUUGACAAAGUCAGACGUUCAUUAGAAAAUUCGUUCAUAGGCAACUGCCAGCAAACUAUGAUGCUUGCAGUUCUGUUCGACACCAAUGAAGAAACAGUUCUGAAGCAAAAUCGAGUAGAUGAAAUUUACGAGAAGUUCAUCAAUUUGAAAAUACAGCAACAAUACGAGAGGAACCAGGAAUUCAUCGUGAGGACUGUUUCAAAAUUGGCGCUGACUAACUUUUUUUCAAAAAACAUUCUGAGCAAGAUUUUUGAUUGGGCAGAAUUUCAAUGUGAUAUUGAAGUGUUCAAGAAUGAAAACUCGAAAACUGCCCUAGUAACCUAUUUCGAUAAGAAUAAUAUUCCUGAAUUCACUCACAAAACGUACGCAGAAUUUUUGGCAGGACGUUGGUUGGCACAUACUGUUAUUAAGCAAAUUGUGAAGGAAACGCCAUUCGAUUUGACCGAAGUUGUCAGAACACUGUACCUUCAGGAACUCACAAAUGUUAGAUUUUUUUUCGACAGCAUACUUACGAAAAGUAAUCCUCUGAAGUUCCGCUCUACGGGCCUACUUGAAACCGACAUACUGAGUAGAAACAUUUUGCACAUUUACUUGAGCUAUGGUGAUCGAUAUGAUAUGCAUACAGUAUCUGAGGUGGAACAAGCAGUACGUAAGGUUGAAGAGCACUCGCAUAUAAAAUACGAUGAUGGAAAAAUUCUCGUUAAAGUUCCAGAUCCUGUUUCAACCACUAAACAUACCAACGAUAAAUUAGUGAAGACCUGCAUGCCCAUAAUUGACAUAAAACGAUUAUGCCACCAAAAGGAUAUUUUUUUAAAUAUGAAUCCAGUUGAGUGUGCUCUGCUCAGUGGUUGUUUGAAAAAGCUGAAUGAAAUUUUGGUAUAUAAUUAUGUUUUAGCAGAUUUUUCCACGAUGGACUACAAUAAGCGCUUUAUUUUAUUGGUUCAUUGCACAAAAAAUCAUCUGAAUUUUAUUUUGAGGAGGGUGGACAAGUUGAUAAUGGACGAAACAUUAUUGAAGAUACGGGAUAUGUCUUCAACCAUGAGCCUACUUCAUAUGGCUGUGAAAUCUGAAAAUUUGGAAGCAAUCAGGAUAUUCUUGGAGUCUUUUCCCUUGAGAAUGUGGGGCAUAGACGAUGAAGGUAACACUCCUAUACACAUUGCCUUCGACCGAAAAUACAGCGAGGCUUUGGACAUUUUUCAGCAGAUUGAAAUAACAUGCGAUGUGAUAAAUCAAAAAAACAGAGUAGGUUACACCCUACUCCACUGUGCCGUACAACAGAGGAACUUGGAGUGGACGAAAAAAAUUCUCAGUUGUCCUGGAGUUGAAGUAGAUGCAGAAUGCACUUAUGGGAAUACUCCUUUCAUGCUCAGUUUAACCAACAAUAAACCUCAGAUCGCAAAGCUCUUGAAGGACAAAAACGCAGACAUUAAUCACACAAACAAAAAAAAUUGCACUGCGUUACAUUUCACCUCCUCAAAGGGAUUACUGAAAUGUUCUGAACAGCUAAUCAAAUGGGGAGCCAAAUUGGACAUGAAAAAUAAUUAUGGGGAAACCCCACUGAUUAGAGCUACUAUCAAAGGCAACAAACCAAUCGUCGAAUGCCUUCUGAAACAUGAUGCUGAUAUUAACGCCUGCGAUUCCAACAAGUGGACAUCCUUACAUCAUGCUGUCAAGAGAAAACAUUCUGCUAUUCUACGGCUGCUGUUGGAGAAGAAAGCUAAGGUUGAUGCCGUGAACAAAAUUGGAAACACUCCGUUGAUAAUUGCAUGCCAAAUUGAUUUUCCGGAAGCAAUAGGGAUGUUACUUGAUAACCAAGCUGAUAUGAAUAUUCGCUCUGACAAAGGAACCGCUUUGGAAAUAUCCGUCAGAGAAAAGCACACCGCAUGCACUGAAAUGAUCAAAAAUAAAAUUCGAGACAGCUCGAACUGGGAGCUCAACUGGGAGUACUAACUCCAACGUUCAGAAAACUACACAAAAGAAGCAAAAAGUCUUAUAGGCUCUCCAUUGAAUGAGGAAUCAGAAGUUUCAAUCAAUCUGCUUUUCAUUCAUCAAUCCACAUUUGCAGAUGCUCACUCCCGAGAGUGAGUAAAUAGUGCAAAAUAGAGGGUUAUCAAAAAUAUGACAGUACCAAACCUAACGAAACCGCAUAUUUGUGAACUAGGUCAUAUAAUUGAAGUAUUUGCCUUGUGCAAAAUAGAAAUUUAUAUGCGAAGGAAUAUUCAUUCUCACAAUAAAGUAGUCAAGCAAUA